UCUCUUACAGGCGGCUCAAGAUCGUCCUGGGAGCUGUGGUAAACCCGGCCGGGUUCUGCGUGAAGUGGUAGGCAGAGCCAAGGUCCCUGGAAUGGCGGAGUCUCUGUCCGGCUUAGGCGAUUCUGGUGCGGCGGGCGCAGCGGCUCUGAGCUCCGCCUCGUCGGAGACCGGGACGCGGCGCCUCACCGACCUUAGGGUGAUCGAUCUGCGGGCGGAGCUGAAGAAACGGAACCUGGACUCGAGCGGCAACAAGAGCGCUUUGAUGGAACGGCUUAGAAAGGCAAUUGAAGAUGAGGGAGGUAAUCCUGAUGAAAUUGAAAUUACCUCUGAAGGAAAUAAGAAGACUCCAAAGAGAUCCAGCAAAGGCCGCAAACCAGAAGAAGAGGGUUUGGAAGAUAAUGGGCUAGAGGAAAAUUCUGGGGAUGGACAGGAGGAUGUUGAGACCAGUUUGGAGAACUUACAGGUCAUCGACAUGAUGGAUAUAAGUGUGUUGGAUGAAGCAGAGAUAGAUAAUGGGAGCAUUGCAGACUGUGUGGAAGGCGAGGAUAGCCUCCAGGAGUCCCUGUCUGACAGUAGAGAGCUAGAGGAGGGGGAGAUGCAAGAGCUUCCAGAGCAGCUUCAAGAACAGGCCGUAGAGGACAAAGAAAGUAUAAACAAUUUAGACACUUUAUCACCUGACUUCACUGUAUUACAGGAAAUCGAAGAGCCAUCCAUGGAGCCAGAAAAUGAGAAAAUACUCGACAUUUUGGGGGAAACUUGUAAAUCUGAGCCAGUAAAAGAAGAAGGUUCCGAGCUGGAGCAGCCAUUUGCACAGGAAACAAGUAGCGUGGGGCCAGACAGAAAACUUGCGGAGGAAGAGGACCUUUUUGACAGCGCCCAUCCGGAGGAGGGUGAUUUAGAUUUGGCCAACGAGUCAACAGCACACGCUCAGUCGAGCAAGGCAGACACCCUGUUAGCGGUAGUGAAAAGGGAGCCCGUGGAGCAGACAGGCGAUGACGAGAGGAUGGACUGUGAGCCUGUAGGGCUAGAGAAGCCAAUUGAGCAGAGUAGUAAAGCCUCAGAGCACACGGAAGCCUGUAGCGAGGAGGCCGCGGAAGCGCCCCCGGAAGCCUCAAGCCCGGACCCCGGGGAUAGCAAAGAAGACGUGAAGAAGUUUGCUUUUGAAGCUUGUAAUGAAGUCCCUCCGGCUCCUAAAGAGUCCUCAGCCAGUGAGGGCGCUGAUCAGAAAAUGAGUUCUAUCGAAGAUGACUCGGAUACAAAAAAGCUUUCCAAAGAGGAGAAGGGUCGUAGCAGUUGUGGAAGGAAUUUCUGGGUUAGUGGACUUUCUUCUACCACCAGAGCUGCAGAUUUGAAGAAUCUUUUCAGCAAAUAUGGGAAGGUGGUGGGCGCCAAAGUUGUGACCAAUGCCCGGAGUCCUGGAGCACGCUCCUACGGCUUCGUUACCAUGUCCACAGUGGACGAGGCCACAAAAUGCAUCAACAACCUGCACAAAACAGAGUUCCAUGGGAAGAUGAUCUCAGUAGAAAAAGUGAUAAAUGAACCUGCUGGGAAGAAAACUUCUGAGAGAAGAGAAGGGGAGAGGAAAAAAGAGAAGUCUAGCAGUGCUGACAGAUCUGCCAACCUCAAGAGGGAAGAGAAGGCUGACAGAAAAGAUGACGCUAAAAAGGGUGAAGACGGGAGUGGAGAGAAGAGUGAAGACCAGGAUGAUCAGAAACCUGGCUCUUCAGAGCGCUCUCGAGCCACAAAGUCAGGAAGCCGAGGAACUGAGCGGACUGUGGUGAUGGAUAAAUCUAAAGGUGUGCCUGUUAUCAGUGUCAAAACGUUGGGAUCCAAAGAGCGAGUGUCCAAGAGUCAGGAUCGAAAAUCGGGCAGCAUAGAAAAGCAGUCUGUUGGUUCCUUUGAUAAAGUCAAAGAAUCGAAGAAGUCUAGAGAAUCAGAGUCAUGCAGGGUGCGAGAGCUCGGUGAUCGAGAGCAGUACGCACAGGCAGAGCUGGAGCGGCAGGAGCACGAGGAGCUGCUAUUCGCCCGUGAGAGGCUGGCCUUCCAGAGACGCCUCCUGGAGAGGGAGCGCAUGGAGCGGGAGCGGCUGGAGCGCAAGCGCAUGCGCGUGGAGCUCCUGCGGCGGCGCCAGCAAGAACUGCACUAUGAGCAGGAGCGGAGGCCCUAUGACGACGGGCGGCGAGAUGAUGUUUACUGGCCAGAAGCUAAGCGGGCAGCCCUGGAUGAGCGCUACCAUUCUGACUUUGACCACCAGGACUGCUUCCACAACUUUGAUCACAGGGACCAGAGCUGCUACCCUGAUCACUCAGUUGACAGGAGAGAAGGUUCAAGGUCAAUCAUAGAAGAAAGAGAAGAACAGGCAAUUGAAGAUGAGGGAGGUAAUCCUGAUGAAAUUGAAAUUACCUCUGAAGGAAAUAAGAAGACUCCAAAGAGAUCCAGCAAAGGGCGCAAACCAGAAGAAGAGGGUGUGGAAGAUAAUGGGCUAGAAGAAAAUUCUGGGGAUGGACAGGAGGAUGUUGAGACCAGUUUGGAGAACUUACAGGACAUCGACAUGAUGGAUAUCAGUGUGUUGGAUGAAGCAGAGAUUGAUAACGGGAGUGUUGGAGACUGUGUGGACGAUGAUGAUGCUGAAAACCUCCAGGAGUCCCUGUCUGACAGUAGAGAGCUUGUGGAGGGGGAGAUGAAAGAGCUUCCAGAGCAGCUUCAAGAACAUGCUGUAGAGGAUAAAGAAAGUAUAAACAAUUUAGAUACUUCAUCAUCUGACUUCACUAUAUUACAGGAAAUUGAAGAACCGUCCUUGGAGCCAGAAAAUGAGAAAAUACUCGACAUUUUGGGGGAAACUUGUAAAUCUGAGCCAGUAAAAGAAGAAGGUUCCGAGCUGGAGCAGCCAUUUGCACAGGAAACAAGUAGCGUGGGGCCAGACAGAAAACUUGCGGAGGAAGAGGACCUUUUUGACAGCGCCCAUCCGGAGGAGGGUGAUUUAGAUUUGGCCAACGAGUCAACAGCACACGCUCAGUCGAGCAAGGCAGACACCCUGUUAGCGGUAGUGAAAAGGGAGCCCGUGGAGCAGACAGGCGAUGACGAGAGGAUGGACUGUGAGCCUGUAGGGCUAGAGAAGCCAAUUGAGCAGAGUAGUAAAGCCUCAGAGCACACGGAAGCCUGUAGCGAGGAGGCCGCGGAAGCGCCCCCGGAAGCCUCAAGCCCGGACCCCGGGGAUAGCAAAGAAGACGUGAAGAAGUUUGCUUUUGAAGCUUGUAAUGAAGUCCCUCCGGCUCCUAAAGAGUCCUCAGCCAGUGAGGGCGCUGAUCAGAAAAUGAGUUCUAUCGAAGAUGACUCGGAUACAAAAAAGCUUUCCAAAGAGGAGAAGGGUCGUAGCAGUUGUGGAAGGAAUUUCUGGGUUAGUGGACUUUCUUCUACCACCAGAGCUACAGAUUUGAAGAAUCUUUUCAGCAAGUACGGGAAGGUGGUGGGCGCCAAAGUUGUGACCAAUGCCCGGAGUCCUGGAGCACGCUGCUAUGGCUUCGUUACCAUGUCCACGGCAGAAGAGGCCACAAAAUGCAUCAACCACCUGCACAAAACAGAGCUCCAUGGGAAGAUGAUCUCAGUGGAAAAAGCAAAAAAUGAACCUGCCGGGAAGAAAAGCUCUGAGAGAAGAGAAGGGGAGGGGAAAAAAGAAAAAUCCAGCAAUACUGACAGAUCUGCCAACCUCAAGAGGGAAGAGAAGGCUGACAGAAAAGAUGACGCUAAAAAGGGUGAAGACGGGAGUGGAGAGAAGAGUGAAGACCAGGAUGAUCAGAAACCUGGCUCUUCAGAGCGCUCUCGAGCCACAAAGUCAGGAAGCCGAGGAACUGAGCGGACUGUGGUGAUGGAUAAAUCUAAAGGUGUGCCUGUUAUCAGUGUCAAAACGUUGGGAUCCAAAGAGCGAGUGUCUAAGAGCCAGGAUCGCAAAUCGGCCAGCAGAGAGAAGCGGUCUGUUGUGUCCUUUGAUGAAGUGAAAGAGUCGAGGAAGUCGAGAGACUCGGAGUCUCGCAGGUUGCGCGAGCAUAGCGAGCGUGAGCAGUCCAUGCAGGCAGAGCUGGAGCGGCAGGAACGCAAGAAGCUGCUCAUUGCCCGCGAGAGGCUGGCCUUCCACAGACACCGCCUAGAGAGGGAGCGCAUGGAGCGGGAGCGGUUGGAGCGGGAGCGCCGGCGGGUGGAGCAUGAGCGCCGUCGCGAGCAGGAGCGCAUCCACCACGAGCGCGAGGAGCUGCGGCGCCAGCAGGAGCUGCGUUAUGAGCAGGAGCGGCGGCCUGCCGUCCGCAGGCCCUAUGACUAUGGGCGGCGAGAUGAUGUUUACUGGCCGGAAGCUAAGCGGGCAGCCCUGGAUGAGCGCUACCACUCUGACUUCAACCGUCAGGACCGCUUCCACGACUUUGACCACAGGGACCGGGGCCGCUACCCUGACCACUCCGUUGACAGGAGAGAAGGUUCAAGGUCAAUCAUGGGAGAAAGAGAAGGACAGCAUUACCCUGAACGCCACGGAGGACCAGAGCGCCAUGGCCGUGACUCCCGUGAUGGCUGGGGCGGCUAUGGCUCCGACAAGAGGAUGAGCGAGGGACGGGGGCUCCCUCCUCCACCCAGUGUCGUUGCUGUCCUGGAAGGCCAAGAUGGGGGCAAUCCAAAUCAGAGGUGUCUUUCUCCAAGGGGCAGACGAGAGUGGGGGGACCACGGCCGCAGGAUAGAGGAGGACCGUGCGUGGCAGGGCGCUGCUGACGGAGGCCUGAUGGACAGGGACCACAGGAGGUGGCAAGGUGGUGAGAGGAGUAUGUCUGGUCACAUGAUGAACCGGGGAGGCAUGUCCGGGCGCGGCAGCUUUGCCCCUGGGGGGGCCUCUCGGGGCCACGUGAUCCCGCGAGGUGGCUUUGGGAGCAGACCCACCGAUGCCCACUUCACUCGCCGCUACUAAGUGCUUGGGCUCCUGUGUUACGUGUCACGUGGCAACAAGAAUAUGUUCUGUUAAGAGUUCCCUUAAACUGUGUACAAUAAUUUUUUUUUAAUCUCCUGCCAUAUUGUAGCUCAAUACAAUGUGAAAUUGUUUUUGUUUUUGUUUUUUUGGUUUUUUGUAAUAAAUGUGUUUCUGUUCCAGUA